UACUUUUGGUGUUGAGCGUUAUGCUCACCGAUCAACUGAAGAUAAUAUCAUUAUUCAAUCCAGAAUGGAUCCAUAGACACAGGUAUUUUCAUAGAAUACUCCGUAAAUAGAUAGCACAUUACCGGUACUCAGUUCCCCUCCACUUCUCACCCAGCAGCGCAGAUAGACUCGACGCCAAGCCUCUCCUCAGCCACCCAAUCACAGACGUCCGCCUCCAGCUCGGGCAACUGCUUGACAGAACAACACCACUACAUCCAACCUUGGAACGCCUCCCAUAUACCUCGUUACCGCACUAUACCCACGCACUCUCCAGCAAGCCGACAAGCAUACCUCACCAGACCUCACCCUCACAUUACCCCGACUGCCCCACCGUCCCCGCAACCCCCAUCAUCAAACAACCACCAUGUCCGGCGCCCCAUCCUCCAACGCCCCGGCAACCAAACUCACCUCGGACGCCUCCAAGGACAAGAACGCCGAACCCUCCAAAGAGCAGAAACCCGCCGCCAACAACGGCCCGCUGGAGGAGGACGACGAGUUUGAAGAUUUCCCCAUCGAGGACUGGCAGGAGGAAGACACGCAGCUGCCCGGAGGCAAUGCGCACCUGUGGGAGGAGAGCUGGGAUGACGACGACACGAACGAGGACUUUGCUGUGCAGUUGCGGGAGGAGCUGAAAAAGCUCGAAAAGAAGUGAGAGACGGACCUAUCUGCGGCGGUGGCGCUAUGGCGUUCGUCAUGG